UCCGACACAAGUCUCUAAUGGCAAAGCCGUAGUUUAAACAAAGGUAAAGGGCCUUUUCUUGCACAACCUUGCAUAUAAGAGCUGUCUCCGCCUCGUUCUCCUCCACCCCCACUAAAACAUUCCUUCUCUCGCUCACUCUUCUCCAAUCUUUAUUUUACAUUUUGAAAGUUUAAAUUUUAUAUAAACAUUAAUUUUUUGGGUAGAAAAUUCGAAAGAAAUGAAAGAGAUGGGAGUGAUAGUGCUUCUUCUACUUCACUCGUUCUUCUACGUUUCCUUGUGCUUCAAUGAUGGACUACUACCAAACGGUGACUUCGAACUAGGUCCACGACAUUCGGACAUGAAAGGAACACAAGUAAUCAACAUAACAGCAAUCCCAAAUUGGGAACUCUCAGGAUUCGUCGAGUACAUUCCCUCAGGACACAAACAAGGCGACAUGAUCCUUGUCGUGCCUAAAGGCGCUUUCGCAGUACGCCUAGGCAACGAAGCCUCAAUCAAACAAAAAAUCAGCGUUAAAAAGGGAUCUUACUAUUCGAUCACGUUCAGUGCUGCUCGAACAUGCGCACAAGACGAGCGGUUAAACGUUUCUGUGGCUCCUCACCAUGCAGUGAUGCCUAUCCAAACAGUGUAUAGUAGCUCGGGUUGGGAUUUGUAUUCAUGGGCUUUUAAAGCACAAAGUGACUAUGCAGAUAUAGUGAUACAUAAUCCAGGUGUUGAGGAAGAUCCUGCUUGUGGACCUCUCAUUGAUGGUGUUGCUAUGAGAGCCCUUUUCCCUCCUCGUCCCACCAAUAAGAACAUUCUCAAGAACGGAGGAUUCGAAGAAGGUCCUUGGGUUUUACCAAACAUAUCAUCUGGAGUUUUGAUUCCACCAAACUCCAUUGACGAUCACUCUCCUUUACCUGGUUGGAUGGUCGAAUCUCUUAAAGCCGUCAAAUACAUUGAUUCCGAUCAUUUCUCCGUUCCACAAGGUCGUCGCGCCGUGGAACUCGUCGCCGGAAAAGAGAGCGCCGUCGCACAAGUUGUCCGUACAAUCCCGGGAAAAACCUACGUCCUCUCUUUCGCCGUCGGAGAUGCUAGCAACGCUUGCGCUGGAUCUAUGAUCGUCGAAGCUUUCGCCGGAAAAGACACGAUCAAGGUGCCGUACGAAUCGAAAGGGAAAGGAGGAUUCAAGCGAUCGUCACUGAGAUUCGUCGCUGUCUCUGAUCGGACUAGAGUUAUGUUCUACAGUACGUUUUACGCGAUGAGAAACGAUGAUUUCUCGAGCUUGUGUGGGCCGGUGAUCGACGACGUUAAGCUUCUCAGUGCUCGGAGGCCGUGAGCUUGCGGCGGCGAGUUAUUCCCGGGAAAAUGAAUGAUGACACUGUCACUGUGGGUUUCUCGCGUCUCGUUAGAAAUUGGGCUUCUCGGCCCACUGGCCCACUGUUUUUUUCUUUAAAAGCUUAAUGUCAUUAAUCAAAAUAUCGAAUCGUGAAUUUUCAUGAUGUGAUUUGAGAAUGUUUCUUCUCUACUGAUGAGUGGAGAAAAAUAAAAAAUCCUGCAAAAUUAUA